GUAUUGUUUAGUGUUGUGCAUUAUAAUGUAAAAACAGACAAAAUGUAAGACAUAAAUACAAUGAACUAAUUCUAUAAGUCUCCCAUAUUUGUAAUAUUACUGUGUUCAGUGUGUUCCUGUUUCAAACCUUGGCUUGCAUCACAAAAGUAAUGUAAACUUAGGAAAGGAAGAAUAAGGAGUUAUUUGGGUUCUUUACCACCAUUUGUCCUUGAACAAUGUACUUGAUCCCUCAUUUUUUCAACAGGAAUGUCCCUAUAGAGAUAGAGCUUUCCUGUUUUAUACCAGAUUCUGAAAGGGAUAAAUGUCAGUUCUGGUUAUUGGAGGUCAUAGAAGUCCUGAGGUCAGACUUUGGAAAGGGAGACCCAUGAAUCUGAAUCCUGUUGAAUUCCCUUACUUCCAUUUUUGUCUUUGAGCACUUGUCCAUAGGUUGUGUCAAGGAGACUGUCUCUGUUAGAAGCGAACUGGUUGAUUUUUGUUUUUUUUACAAGGUGGGAUGACGGUACAUAUCUGGUGUUGUAACCUAAAUGCGCUGCAUGGGUUUAAACCGCAAAAAGCCACGAAUCUGAGAGCCAUUGAAUUUCCAUACCUCCACUGUGUCCUUAACAACUGACCCCAGGUUGUGCCAAGGGGACUGUCUCUGUGAGAUGCAAACUGGCUUCUUUAUGCCACAAUGUGGUAGGGUUAAAUAGAGUUUCUGGUUUGAUAAAUUAAAUGUGCUGGGUUUAAACCCUGGAAAGCAUAAGCAUUGAGUUGCCUUGCCUCCAUUUUGCCCUUGAACAAGGCACUUGACCCCAGGUUGCUCCAAAGGACUGUCCCUUUAGUAAGAGAACAGCAAGUCAUUUUGGAUACAACAUGCCUGCUAAAUGACGUGUAACCGAAUAACCUGUUCUUGAUCAUCAUUAACAACCCUGAACAGAGACACAGGCUGAACACAGACCAGUGCUCUUACAAGUAGCAGCUCAGUGGCACUGGGCCAGAAUUAAUAAAUGACUUGUGGGAACUUUUGUGACCUCACAGACUUUAAUCAUUGUCGAAUCACGUAAGCGGACAGAGAGCUCUGAAUUUAUCGUACAGGCUUUGGUCUCACAGUGUAGGAUUUCAUCUGACAGCGGACCCAUGCUUCUCCAGCCUGCUCAUUUAACAUCAUGGCAUGACAAUUACUGUUGUGGUUCAGCCUUUAAAUGCUUACGUGGGAGUUAUUCUACGCAUUUCUCAAGAGGAUCAGACACCAUGAAGAAAGUCUACAGCCUGGUUAGUCACACUAAAAACAGGGAAUCAAAAGAUGCUGUGUUGUCUCUUAACAUCAAGCAAAUCCCGUAUCCAGAGCAGACACGAGAAUUCGACAGUCGAUUAACAAAGACGGGACGCCGCUCCCUGUCCCACUCUAUUUCUCAUUCCUCUACAGACAGCAACAGCUCAGGGGGUUCAGAUGCAGAAAAUCCAGAAGAUGAGGUCUCUCCUCGAGACAUACAACAGAUUAACUCUAAAGGGAGCAGGGACUUCUGCAUCAAAAACAUCAAACUGGCAGACUUUGGCCGCCGAGAGAUAGAACUUGCUGAGGAUGAGAUGACUGCACUGAUGGCCUUGAGAAAAUCUGCCCAGGGAGAGAAACCAUUGGUAGGAGCUAAAAUAGUGGGAUGCACCCAUGUCACGGCCCAGACAGCUGUGCUGUUUGAGACUCUGAUGGUAUUAGGGGCUCAGUGUAGGUGGGCAGCCUGCAAUAUUUACUCCACUCAGGAUGAAGUGGCAGCUGCUUUAGCAGAGCAAGAUUUUCCAGUGUUUGCAUGGAAAGGAGAAUCUGAGGAUGACUUCUGGUGGUGUAUUGAUCGCUGUGUAAAUGUGGAGGGCUGGGAGCCAAACAUGAUCCUCGAUGACGGAGGAGAUAUGACACAUUGGAUAUACAAGAAAUAUCCUCACCUCUUCAAGAAAGUCAAGGGUAUUGUUGAAGAAAGUAUCACAGGCAUUCACAGACUUCAUCACCUCUCUAAAGCUGGAAAACUGUGUGUGCCAGCCAUAAAUAUGAAUGACUCGGUCACUAAACAAAAGUUUGACAAUUUCUACUGCUGCAGGGAGUCCAUUCUGGAUAGUCUGAAAAAGACUGCUGAUAUCAUGUUUGGGGGAAAGCAGGUGGCUGUAUGUGGAUAUGGAGAGGUGGGAAAAGGUUGUUCUGCAGCUCUGAAAGCGAUGGGAUCUGUGGUGUAUGUAACCGAAAUCGACCCCAUCUGUGCUCUACAAGCAUGUAUGGAUGGCUUUCGACUGACCAAACUAGGUGAUGUUAUCCGACAAGUGGACAUGGUUAUCACCUGCACAGGUAACAAAAACGUUGUUGGGAGGGAACACAUAGACCUAAUGAAGAAUGGCUGCAUUGUCUGCAACAUGGGACGCUCUAAUACAGAAAUCGAUGUUAGCAGUCUCAGAACCCCAGAAUUAGUAUGGCAGCAUGUGAGACCGCAAGUGGACCACAUUAUUUGGCCUGAUGGCAAGAGAAUAGUACUCCUUGCAGAGGGCCGUGUCCUUAAUCUAAGCUCCUCCACUGUACCCAUAUACGUGCUUUCCAUCACAGCCACCACACAGGCUUUGGCAUUGAUCGAGCUCUUCAAUGCCCCUGAGGGCCGUUACAAGCAAGAUGUCUAUCUUCUUCCCAAGAAACUGGAUGAGUAUGUUGCAAGCCUGCACCUGCAGACCUUUGACGCACACCUGACUGAGCUCACCGAUGAACAAACCAAAUACAUGGGCUUGAGUAAAUAUGGGCCCUUCAAACCCAGUUACUACAGGUAUUAAGUCUCAAUGUAACUCAUCAUCAUCAUCAUCAUUUAAAAGAAAACAGAUGGAUCUAUGGGCAGAAACCGAUUUGACUCAGCGGGGAUUUCAUUCAUCCUGCUCUUCACCAACACAUGAUAUUACAGGCUUGACCAUUAAGGGUCAGAGUGUACAAAUAUAAAGUAAACUAUAGCACUUACUUACAACUCUUGCUAUUGUACGGCUAACCAUUUUAGAGAAGGUGUCCAUUCUGGUUACAUUACCACUAAACUUCCACAAAGUAAAUAAAUACAUAAAAGGUAAAAGAAAAUGCAAUAAAAGAACAUAGCAUGCUACAAAUAUGUUAUUUAGACCCUUGCAUGGUUCUCUAAUAAGACACUGUAUUCUGAUAAAUUUGUUUACUUCAAAAAUAUAAAACCUGAUAGGGCAAAAUCACUGUUUUUGCAACGAAUAACACAUAACAUUAUUCUUUAAACACUGAACUUAACAUUACACAUGAAAACUGGAAACACAAACUGACACUAUAGAAUGGAAAAGGGCUUGGUGUACUCACUUUAAAUCCAGUAAAGGGGUAAAGGGUAAGAAUUAUCUUCUGUCCUUCAAUCUUGAAGUAGGGAACAAUUCCUUAAUGUGCCUCUAGAUGGAAGUCAUGUAAAAGAGAGUAAGGCUUUGGCAAACAAGUCAAAGAAUGCCAGGGAUAUUUGCUUGUCUAGCGGCAAGAAUCUUGUUGUUUGCUAGACAGAAAUUUUGGUGAUUAUACUUUUCCUCCACUGUAUCUUUGGUGUCCAAGUAGUUUAAUAAAGGUAUUUCAAAGCA